AUGACGUUCCAGCCCCCUCUCGUGUGCCCACCGGCUCCGUGGCCACAGGAGGAGGUGGACAGUGACGUGGACGAGGGCGCCGCCGGCCUUUGGGGACUGGCGGGGACUCUGAACGUGAGCUGGACCCCCGUGUGCCGGACCCCGUGUGCCGGACCCCGUGUGCCGGAUGCCCCGUGUGCCGGACCCCCUCUUGUGCUGGGCCCCGUGUGCCGGACGCCCGUGUGCCGGACCCCGUGUGCCGGACGCCCCGUGUGCCGGACGCCCGUGUGCCGGACCCCCCGUGUGCCGGACCCCCCGGUGUGCCGGAUGCCCCGUGUGCCGGACGCCCGUGUGCCAGACCCCGUGUGCCGGACGCCCCGUGUGCCGGACGCCCGUGUGCCGGACCCCCCGUGUGCUGGACCCCCCGACCCCGUGUGCCGACGCCCGUGUGCCGGACUCUGGUGUGCCGGACCCCCCGGGUGCCGGACCCCCCGUGUGCUGGACCCCCCGGUGUGCCGGAUCCCCCAUGUGCCGGGCCCCCGUGUGCCGGGCCCCCAUGUGCCGGACGCCCGUGUGCCGGACCCCCGUGUGCUGGGUCCCCGUGUGCCGGACCCUGUGUGCCGGACGCCCGUGUGCCGGACGCCCGUGUGCCGGACCCCCGUGUGCCGGGCCCCCGUGUGCCGGACGCCCGUGUGCCGGACGCCCGUGUGCUGGACCCCCGUGUGCUGGACCCCCGUGGGGGCCUCCUAG